AAUGUGGUCUUAUAUAGCUUUGCUUUUUGCUUUGACAGCAGUUGCAGAAGCAACGGAGCCCGCUAAGCAUGUUGUGUGCUACCAGGGCACUUGGUCUGUUUAUCGGCCGAAGGAGGGAAAGUUUGGUGUGGAGGACAUAGAUCCGUUUCUUUGCACACACUUGGUUUAUGCUUUUCUGGGCAUACAGGAGAGUGGCGAUCUCCGUGUCAUAGAUCCCUAUCUAGACCUGGAGGACAACGGAGGACUGGGCAACAUCCAGAAAUUUAAUGCGCUUAAAUUAAAGAAUCCGACGUUGAAAACGCUUCUAGCUGUUGGCGGCUGGAACGAGGGCUCAAAGCGCUUCUCGAUUGUGGCCAAUGAUCCAGAGAAGCGUUCGCGUUUCGUCGAGCAAGUUGUUCAGUUUUUGCAGCGACAUGGCUUCGAUGGACUGGACUUGGAUUGGGAAUAUCCAGGACAGCGUCAUAAUCUGACCGGCAACAAUGAUCGCGAAAACUAUAUAACUUUUCUGAAAGAGCUUAGGGCGGGGCUGAAUCCUUUUGGCUAUAUACUCAGUGCUGCUGUUGGCUCGGCAGAGUUUUCCGCGAGUAUAUCGUAUGAUAUACCAACCAUAUCUCAGUACUUGGAUAUAAUUAAUGUCAUGGCUUACGACCUGCACGGUCCUUGGGAUGAAUCUGUGGCUAUAAAUGCGCCUUUAUACGCUGGUGCAAAUGAUACCACGGAACGGGCGCAGCAGCUGAAUGUGGAUGCUGUUAUCAGAUAUUGGCUAGACGCUGGUGCACCGCCUGAGAAGCUGCUGCUCGGAGUGCCCUUUUACGGUCGUACCUUCACACUAGCUUCAGCCGAAGGGCAUAUGCCUGGUGCAGACCAUAUAGGACGCGGCAUUGCAGGCCCAUACUCGCGGGAGCCAGGAGUUCUGGGCUACAAUGAGUUGUGUGAGCUCUUUCAGCGCGAACAGUGGACGACAGGCUGGGAGGCAGUGCAACAAGUGCCAUUCGCCUACAAAGAUCGCCAAUGGCUGGGCUACGAAAACACGAACAGCUUAGUGCUGAAAGCACAAUAUGCCAUGGAGCACAAACUGGGCGGCAUAAUGAUUUGGUCGCUUGAGUCGGACGAUUUUCAUGGUAGCUGUGGGGGCGAGAGUUAUCCAUUACUGCGCAACAUAAACCGCGUGCUCUUCGGAAGGGACAAUCCAACAGGACUCGCGGCUGAGGUGCAGCCAGCAGCAACGCCUCGCAGCCGAGUUGGGGUCGAAGACUAUUGCCACGACACCGAUGGCUACGUUAGGGACUCGCACAAUUGUUCCAAGUUCUAUUACUGCAGCGCCGGUUCGACUUUCCAGUUUGCUUGUCCAACUGGUCUGUCGUUUGAUUACAAUACAAAUAGCUGCAACUAUGUUGAUUUAGUAAAAUGCUAAUGGGAAUGCAC